AUGGAUCGCGCAAGGAAGAGAGAGCUGCGCACCUUGAAUGCACACGCAUGGGCCAGGGAGACAGAUAUCUUCCCGGUCAACAAAUCUCUCGACUCAGCUCUGAAGAAAAACACGGCUUUUAUCAAACGUCUCCGAACUGGUAUUACUGCUGCCGCCCUCCCUACUUUCCUUACCGAUAUCCGCACCCUAUCGCUGCACAAAUACCUGUCCGAGAUCAUAUCCGCCGCCUACGAAGGGUUUUGCAAACUCAAGUCCCCCGGGGAAAUCGCUGCGGCUGUGGAAAUCGCCAGCGCGUUGCACCAGCGGUUUGGGCCCGAUGAAUUCACCAAGCAGCUAGGAUGGCUGUUGGGUCGAGGUCUGACGACGCCGGAUAAAGCACAGCUGAAGGCUUGGACCCAGGACGUGCGUGAGCGGGAGGAAAAGGAACGGCUGGGUAGACAACGGGUUCUAUUGCGUAUCGUGACGGAGUUAUGGCUUGUUGGGUUCCUGCGAAGCUUGGAUGAUGUGGAAAGGCCGGACGAUCUGGGUACGAAGGGACAGGAUGGCUCGGCUACUAUUGGUGGUGGUGGCAAAGGCUCUUCUACUUCUGAUGGGGCGGCGAAGUCUAAGACAGCGCAGGCCGCCGCAAAGGAUGAUCAAGAUAGGGAGGCGGAGCCGUUUCCGUUAGAAGUUCUGAAGGACCUCUUGGGACAUGACCGCGAGCAUGUCAACUUGCCACUGGCAGUGUUGUUUGCGAGGACCUACAGCUGGGAUAUUUUGGGGACAAAGGGGAUGGAGGAGGGCAGGAAGAACGUGGAGGCCGAUGGUGCCACUGCGGAAUCUACAGGGAAAGAUGCGCCGGAGAUUGGAUCUGGCGAUGAUGAGGCUAAUGCUGAAUCAACUGGAGAUGAUCCGCCGCUAGCAUCUGAGAAGCUCCAGCUCCGCUUUAGAAAUAUCCUGAGUCGCUACCUCGAGGACGUCAAAGCACACGUUGUCCGCGACCAGAAGGCCCUGGCAACACAGAGCCGCAAAAAUGCAGAAGCAUAUGUGAAGAGUGGUGAAAUAUUCGAAGAUCGGCAAUCUAAUUUCGAAAAGCAGUCAAAAGCACACGAAAAGCUCGUCUCGAACACUCAGGUUCUUUGCGAGAUUCUCGGUUCGGAUAUGCCAGAUCUAUUAGAGAAAGAGGCAGCUGAUUCUACACACGGCAGUAGUAUAGGUCUCGUGAAGACCGGAGAAUAUUUGCGCGGACAAGGAGAAGGCCCUGGUAUCUGGGAAGACGAGGAGGAGCGCCGAUUUUAUGAGAAUUUAGUUGAUCUAAAGGGCAAAGUUCCAGCUGUUCUUCUUGAAGAUGGGAAAAAGAAGAAGUCCGAUGGGGAUGAUCAAGUGAAGAAGAAAGUUGACGGCGAAGCUACAAAUGGCGUGCCAGCGGACCAGUCCGGAAAAGGGGAGGCUUCGAAACCAGGCGCAACUACCUCCGAACCUACCAAUAAUCAGGAAGCUGAUGACCAGUCUACCGCUAUGGUUAACAAAACCGUUGGUGCCCAGGUUGAUGCGUUGCUGGCAAAACUUCCCGAACUUCAAACUAAAGAUUCAGUUGACCAGCUGGCGCUGGAUUUCUGUUUUCUCAACUCCAAAGCGUCACGGAACAGGCUGGUAAAGGCCAUCCAAGAAGCGCCCAAGGGACGCGCCGAUCUUCUUCCUCUUUAUGCCCGCUUGGUUGCUACCCUCGGGCAGUAUCUACCCGAUAUCCCACAGGGCCUUAUCAGCUACCUUGACGAGGAAUUCCGUAGUCUACAACGCCGUAAACAAAAGGAAUUUCUCGGCCAGGUCCGCACAAGCAAUAUUCGAUAUCUAGCUGAACUAACCAAGUUUGGCGUUGUCCCCGAACAUGUCAUUUUCCACUGUUUCAAAGUCAGUCUCGACGACUUCUCUCGGAUGAAUAUUGAGAUCAUUGGCAAUCUCCUGGAGAACUGUGGUCGAUACCUCCUCCGGAACCCUGAAACAUCCCCACGGAUGGUGUCGUUCCUGGAGACGCUUAGUCGAAAGAAAGCUGCACAGCAUCUUGGCCAGCAAGAGCGCAUGAUUAUUGAGAAUGCGAUGUACUACGUCGACCCUCCCCAGCGACCCGCUAUUCAACAAAAGGAGCGCACUCCGAUGGAACUUUAUAUUAGGAAACUGGUCUACCUGGAUAUGAACAAGCGCAACUACCCUAAGGUUUUGAAAUGUAUCCGAAAGCUUCACUGGGAGGAACAAGAGGUCGUCCAAAUUCUUGAGCGAAUAUUCAGCAAGCCUGGAAAGGUCAAGUACGGCAACAUUCAUAUCCUAGCAAUCCUUGUCAGCGCCCUCUACCGAUAUCAUCAGAGUUUUGUCAUUGGCAUUGUAGACAACAUACUCGAGUACAUUACCCUUGGGCUGGAACAGAAUGAAUUUAAAUUCAAUCAGAGACGGAUCGCCGAGGUUAAGUAUUUGGGAGAACUGUACAAUUAUAAAAUGGUCGAUUCACCGGUCAUCUUUGAUACGCUUUACCGGAUCGUUACGUUCGGACAUGAGGGAGGCAUUCCGGUUCCCGGGAAGAUUAACCCAUUGGAUAUGCCUGAUGAUUUCUUCCGAAUUCGACUGGUGUGCACGCUCCUUGAUACGUGCGGAGUGUGUUUCGAUCGGGGAUCAGCGAAAAAGAAACUCGAUUUCUUCUUGACGUUCUUUCAAUACUACCUGUUUACGAAAGACCCGUUGCCAAUGGAUGUGGAUUUCCUCGUUCAGGAUACCUAUGCUUUGUCACGACCCCAGUGGAAGAUUGCUACUGAUCCUGCUGAAGCUACGCGCCUUUUUGGUGAGGCCGUGGCACAGAAUUACAAGGUACAGGAGACUGUGCAAGAAGCGGACAAGGGCCCUGAGCCGGAAGAUGACGGAGAGAGUUCAUCCUCCGACGACGGAUAUGAAGACGAUGCAAUCCCAGACGCGGACGAAGAAAAGGAUGAGGAGCACUCGUCUAGUGACGAAGUUGAGGAAACCGUUCGUGACCCAGAUCAGGAACAUGAUUCCGAGUAUGAGGAGGAAGAACAGAUCUUCGUUACCCGCCAGGAAGAGCAACUUGACCCGGAAGCUGAAGCUGAAUUUGAUCGAGAGUUUGAGAAAAUGAUGGCUGAAAGUUUGCAGUCCCGUAAAUUCGAACGCAAGGCAAUGUUCGAUGUGCCCCUACCGAUGAGACGCACUCCGCAACAUCCAUCAUCAGCUGCGGAAGAGAAUAAUGAGGCCAGUCAACACGCACCGAAUACAAUGGCAUUUUCGCUCAUGACAAAACGAGGGAACCGACAACAGACACGCACAAUCGACCUACCCUCCGACUCUAGCUUUGCCGUGGCGAUGAAAACCCAACAACAGGCCGAGCGCGAGGAGCAGCAGCGCAUCAAGAACCUAGUGCUAAACUAUGACUUGAGAGACGAUAAUGAACCCAGUGACGGCCCAGAGAAACGUUCCCAUCGAGACCCGCGGACCGCUGAUAAAUCGAGCUCGAAUCGUAGCGGGUUCCGUUCCCGCAAGUUGCAACUUAGCGAUGUUGAUUGGACUUGA